AUGGUCGAUAUCGGUUUUGAAUUAACACAACCAUUACAUGACAUAUUAGGCUCUAAUAUGUUUGUACAUCAUUGUUUAGCCUUUUUGAAUACUCUUGGCAUGUAUAUUUUGAUGAUAUACACAGUAAUAGGAAUCGGCUAUUGGCAAGGAAAACCUGGUUUGAUCGUUGUUGAGAUAUGCAUAUUUAUCGUACGUCUUAUAUGUGGUUGGCUUACACAGUUACCUUAUUCUACAGAAUAUCUUGCUAGUCAACAUGACUUUCCUGAUUGUCUGACCAAUCUAUUUCGAAGUACAGUCAGUGAUGAAUUAUCGUCAAGACGACAACAUGCUAAUUUUUUCUUUUUCUACAGUGGUCAUGCUGCACUUGUCAGUCUUUUGGCAGUUCAUUUUUAUCGGAUAGGACAUUUACAUUACUCUUUUGCUUGUCAUAUAUUUAAUUUUUUACAGAUUUUACGUUUACUCGCUACACGAGGUCAUUACACAAUUGAUCUUAUUACUGGUAUUAUGGUCGGUUGGCGUGCACAUAAAUUUGUUCCAUCUAUUGAUAGAUACUUGCAAAUGACUAUCGAUCAUUAUGAAACUAAUUUGAAAUGUGAUAUUAAAACAUUUUUUUCUGGCAAGACGAUCUUUAUUACUGGUGCUACUGGUUUUGUUGGAAAAUGUUUAAUUGAAAAAUUACUUCGUUCAUGCCCAAAUGUUCAUCAAAUUUGUAUUCUUGUUCGACCAAAACGGGGUUCAUCAUCUAAUGAACGCGUGAUCGAAUUAUGCAGUUCACCACUCUUCGAUAUUGUUCGUUCGACUUACCCGGACUUCGCAUCUAAAUUAUAUGUCAUUGAAGGUGAUUUAGCUCAGCCGAAUUUCGGAAUGAGUAAAUCCGAUCAAAUCAAGUUAAUUGAUGAAUGUCAUAUCGUUUUUCAUUGUGCAGCUACAAUUCGUUUUGAUGAACCGUUGAAAACGGCUCUUGAACUCAAUCUACUAUCAGUAAAAAAACUCAUUGAAUUAUGCCACAAAAUGGAAUGCAUUGAGUCAAUCGUUCAUGUAUCAACAGCUUAUGCCAAUUGUGAUCGAACUCAUAUUGAUGAAAUCGUAUAUCCAACAAAUGUGGAUCCUAAUGUAAUGCUAAAUUUAAUUAAGACAAUAGAUGAAUCUGUACUCGAUUUAAAUACACCAUUUUUGUUACGUGGUUUACCAAAUACAUACACAUUUACUAAAGGUCUUGCUGAAGUUUAUCUAACUCAACAUGCCAAGCAUCUACCAAUUGCCAUAAUUCGUCCAUCCAUGAUUGGUUCAACUUGGAUAGAACCAAUACCAGGCUUUAUUGACAAUUAUACAGGCCACACAGGUCUUAUUGCAGCAGUAGUAACUGGUGCUCUGAGAGUAGUACAUGCUGAUAAGACUGUCAAACCGAAUAUCGUACCUGUUGAUACAGUGGUCAAUAUGAUGUUAACUAUUGCUUGGUAUACUGCUGGGACUAGUCAAAGUAAUGAUAAAUCACUUCCAGUCUAUCAUUGUUGUGCUGCUGAAGAAAGUAUGAAUAAUAAAUGUAUAACGUCAUAUGAAUGGAUUGCAACAGCAAUCAAACAACUUCAUACGAAUGAAAUUGGCUUUGAACGUUGUUUUCGAUGGCCAAAAUUGAGUUUUACUCGUAAUAAAUUUAUUUACAAGAUUCGACAUUUUUUGGAAGAAUUAUGCGUUGCUUUUAUAUUCGAUCUUAUUCUUUGGUCAACACGACAAAAGCCAAGAUUCGUUCAACAAUCAAAGAAAUUAAGAAAAUUCGUUCGUGUACUUUAUCAUUUUUCAAAUAAUACUUGGACAUUUUCAAAUAAACAAAGAGAUAUACUGUGGAAAGCAAUAGAUAAUAAUGAUCAAGAUCGAAAAUUAUUCAAUUUUGAUUUAACCGAACUUGAUUGGACUGACUAUAUCAAAGAUCAUGUAAUAGGUGUGAAAAAAUAUUUAUUAAAAGAAGAUAUAAAUCGAAUGUCAACAUGUUAUAAACGAAUUUCUAAGUAUGUAUACGUAUGAUUAUCAAAUAAGAUUGAUACAAAAUUCUAAGAUUAAGAUUUGCAAAAAAAAAGUUCUCGUUACACUAUGAAAACUUGAUAUACAAAAUUCUAGAACUCAUAUUGCUUUAUAAUUAAUUAUACUUCUCCAUCUGUAUUUUAGGUUAAAAUAUCUGGAACAAUUUAUCACGAUUUGUUUUGUCACUAUUUAUCUAUUUUAUUUUUGUAAAAUAUUUGCCUUAUAAUUUUGUUCUUAUUGUAUUUUGUAAUAUAUUGAAUUUGUCAAUAAAAAAUUUCAGAGCCUAGAGCAAUAUCACACAUAUUCGAAACUCAGGUAUCAAGAUUCUAAAACAUCUCUAUGAUCGUCAAAAGCAAAGUUUUUGAGUGGCUUCGAUGAAACGAGAUAGAUACCGAAGUCAAUUCACACAUUAUUGAACAGCUUGAGACCUGAUACGAGCUUUGUCCAGGUAAAUCUUGUUGUCAUGCUCUGUGUAUGUCUUGACACUCACAUAAGUCUACUCAUACAGUCAUACUGAGGCGAACCAAUUUACGGUACGCAAAACCCCUCCCGAAAGAUAGACAUGCAGCCUAAAAUGAUACACAUAGCUAUAACCUAAUUGAUUAUUCUCAUCAAUAAAGCUGUGCAGGAUAAGCCUUUUUUGUAUCCUGUAUCUUGUGUAAAAAAAUUUCUCAUAGCCUUAUCCUACUAUACCCUGCUGCAUGUUACUUCGACACUACCAUAUUCUAUUGCCCUACAGAGUGUGUGUGGCUGUACAUGUUCUUGCAGAUUAAAAGAAAAAACACACUUACCUAUUUUUAUUCUUUAUUUGGAGUUCACAUUUAUUUUAAAGAUAUACUUCAAUCCAUUGGAAUGUAAGAAAGAAAAUAAUUUUAUCUGCUAUCAAUGAGAAAAACUUUUGGUGACUUAUAUCGUUAUAACGAAUAGCAUGCCGGUAUAUGUCUAGGUUGCAGAAAAAAAAUUCACAUUCAGAUGCAGUCAACAUAUCACUGCCAAUAUUGAUUGAAGUGGAUCCGCCCUCAGAAAAUCGAUUUUUUUCGAAACAAUAUCGAAAUUGAGUUUUUACCACAGACAGAUCCCAUGUAAAAAAAAUUAGGGGUAAAAUCAGAUUAAAAUCGAUUAAAAAAUGAUUAAAAAUCGAUUAAAAAAUGAUUAAAAAUCGAUUAAAAUCAUACACCUUUUAAUCGAUUUUUAAUCAAAAAUAAUC